AUGAACAUCCAUGUCGUGGCGGAUGCAAUUUUUGAACUGCGAGAAGGGGUUAGGGAGAGAAUCCUGAAUUUGUAUUUUGAGCUUGUCGAUAAAAUUUCUUCCGCAUCUCAUACAGAGGAAUCAUCAGGAAAUGGGCAAGAGGAGUCCGAUGGUGAUGAAGAUGAGGAAAUGGAUGCAGAAGGAGAGAAAGAUGAGGAAGCAUAUGAGGGAGAGAAGAUGGAAGAGGACAUGGAAGAGGAGACAGACUCAAACAAUAGAGAGGAAGAGGAGGUUGAUGGAGAGGCAGCUCGUAGAGAAGAGUAG